GCCGCCGCUGCUGCGCCAUGAAGAUCAAGGAUGCCAAGAAGCCAUCUUUUCCAUGGUUUGGCAUGGACAUUGGGGGAACUUUGGUGAAACUUGCAUAUUUUGAACCUAUUGAUAUCACUGCAGAGGAGGAGCAGGAAGAAGUUGAAAGCUUGAAGAGUAUCCGCAAAUAUCUGACUUCUAAUGUAGCCUAUGGAUCCACUGGCAUUCGAGAUGUCCACCUUGAACUGAAAGACUUAACGAUUUUUGGUCGAAGAGGAAACUUGCACUUUAUUCGAUUUCCAACUCAUGAUUUGCCCACUUUUAUCCAAAUGGGAAGAAAUAAAAACUUUUCAACACUACAUACGGUGCUUUGCGCCACCGGAGGUGGCGCUUAUAAGUUUGAAGAAGACUUUCGCACAAUUGGAAACCUCCAGCUGCACAAACUGGAUGAGCUUGACUGCCUUGUCAAAGGCUUAUUGUAUAUUGACUCUGUCAGCUUCAAUGGCCAGGCAGAGUGCUAUUACUUUGAAAACGCCUCGGAACCUGAGAGAUGCCAGAAGAUGCCUUUUAACCUGGAUGACCCGUAUCCACUGCUGGUAGUUAACAUUGGUUCAGGAGUCAGUAUUUUAUCAGUCCAUUCCAAAGACAACUAUAAAAGAGUAACUGGAACAAGUCUAGGUGGAGGGACCUUUCUUGGUUUAUGCAGUUUGUUGACGGGCUGUGAAAGUUUUGAAGAAGCUCUGGAAAUGGCAUCUAGAGGAGACAGCACACAUGCUGACAAGCUGGUUCGAGAUAUUUACGGAGGAGACUAUGAAAGAUUUGGCUUGCCAGGAUGGGCAGUAGCAUCCAGUUUUGGGAAUAUGAUCUACAAAGAGAAGAGAGAGUCUGUGAGUAAAGAAGACCUGGCAAGAGCCAUAUUGGUCACCAUCACCAAUAACAUUGGGUCUAUUGCCCGGAUGUGUGCAGUAAAUGAGAAAAUAAACAGAGUUGUCUUUGUUGGCAAUUUUUUACGUGUGAAUACUUUGUCAAUGAAGCUUCUUGCAUAUGCACUGGAUUACUGGUCAAAAGGCCAACUGAAGGCCUUGUUCCUAGAACAUGAGGGAUACUUUGGAGCUGUUGGUGCUCUUCUUGGGUUGCCAAAUUUCAGUUGAGAUACCAGAUGUCACUACACUGAACUAUUUUCCACCUGGAUGGCACUUGUUUAUGGCAAUGGAAACUAAAUCUGGGGAGGGGAGAUGAAAACAGCAAAUUUGCUGUAGUUUUUUAAAUUUAAGAAGUGAUAAGCUACUGAAUAUUGCCAUUGAAAGGAAGGAGUUUUUACUCUGUUGGGCAUUGAAAAGUGAAAUAUUAGGGAUCUCAUUUAUGUUCUUUGGUACAUGUAGCCAGUACUGAACUUUUAAUAUGCAAUACAUCCUCUGAAAACAAGCUUCCAGAAGAAGGAAGGCCAGUCACUUAAGUGUCCAGCACUUAUAUGUUGUGAGCUUACUCCUAAGGCUUUAAGCCCAUCUGUUCUGAAUAUAAUUGAUGAAUGACCAAUUAUUUUCAUUAGUUAUACUGUAUUAAGAGCAGAAUUUCCCUUGUGUACUUACAGAAUAAACAACUUGAAAAACUGCAGUAAAGUACUGUCAACAAGAUGGGGAAACUGCAUGCAAUUGUUUUUCACAGUAAGAAUAGCAAGGUGUUAACAGCAUUUGAUGUUUUAAUAAUCAUUCUAUUUUGAUGGAAAAAAAUACUAAUGCUUUGCUUUUCAGUGGGGGAAAAAUAAAAGGAAAAAGAUCAGCCAAAGCAAAGGAGUAAGUAGUUGAUGUUUUGAUGGUUUUGUGAAGAUAGGCAAUUACCCUCCUCGCUUUUUUGAAGAUACAACUUGUAUUUUUAGAAGAUCCCUUCUGUCUUUGUUUGGAUUAGGGUAAGGAAUCAAAGCACAAGGAGUUCUCUGGAAUGGGUAUGGCUUCCAAAAUUUCUUGGCUUUCUUCUGGUUUUGGUCUCUUUUAUGAGUGAAAUUCUGACAUCAUUACUUGGAAAGGCACCACAAAGCCUGUGAGAGUUGAAGAUAUCCUCAUAAAAUAGACUAAAAAUGAGAGCUUGUAAUUCUGAUAGUUUGACUCGUUAUUUCAGUGGAGGUUUAAAAAACUCCCUCAUCCUACUAAUUUGAAAAUGUGAUUUCUCUUCUGUUUUAUGGGUUGAUCAGUAUCUAAUGUGAGAUUGAGAAUGAAAGAGCUUUAGCUCGUGUUUGGAAGCUUAUUUUUGAAGGUUGAGGACAGCAUCAGAGUUUGUAUUGCAGCACCAAAAGGACCAAUCUUUAGUGCCCUUGCAUUAUGGAACUGUUCGUCAAAACUGUGGCCUUGGGGUAAAAUCCAUACCCUGGAACUGUUUUUUUUUUUUUUUUUUUUUCCUGUAUGCUUUUAAAAUUUACAAUUGUGAUUAUUGUAAUAAGUCUAGUCUUGAAGCCAGGACCUAUGCUCUUACUACUUUAAGAUCUCUAUACAGUCAUUAACUAUAUAAUUCUUUGUGGACUGGAGAAAUACCUACUUUUAUUAUAUGAUUUUAAUGUUAAAUGUUUCCUCUUAAGUGCAUGAGGAGCAACCGGACAAGAACACAUCCGUGUUGGGUUUUAACGUGUUUCUUAAACUGAUUGCUGGAGUAUUCCACAGCAUGGCUACGUUGUAUUUACAGCCACAUCACCUCUUCGCCUCGUGUGUAAGAAAGUUCUGUGUGCUAUUGUCAGCCAUUUGUCUUUUCUUUAAAUUCAAAGCUCCAUAUUAAUGUCAUUUAAAAAAGGAAAAAACUUGUAGUCCUUCAAGAGCGCGCUAGCUUACUGUAAUCGCUUCAUGAAGCGCAGUGCCAAUCUCAAAUACGGUUUGGCCUGUUGUUAGUUUUUCUGGUACUCGCAUUACAUUUCCAUUCUUCUUGCUUUGAUAGUGUUUCAGUCUAGACAUAAAAUUAAAAAGAAAAAAAAGAAUUACACCCACAGUUCAGCUGAUCUAAUGCUAAUCAGAGAACUUCAGAAAAUAGAUGAAUAUGGCUACUAUAGAAUGUCUUUAUAAAUGCUGUUACUGUUUCUUCAAGUUAUGAUCACUAUAGAAAGCAAGCUUGGUUGUAAAAGUUCAUGAACAUUUAAUUUUCUGAAUGUUUUGACAGCCUCCUGAAGACUUUGCGUAUUGACUGCAUGGUUUUUUUGCAAAGUAAAAUACUUUGAUACGUGUACCAUCACUUGAUUAGAAGCAGUUCCUUUAGUCGAUAUUUAUUGCUACUUCACUUCUCAUGUUUGUGUUACUGAAGCACAGAGCUGUUCUUGAAGCGGUUGUUGGGAACAACUUGUGCGUUUAACCAGAAGCACAUGUAGGAGAUGGUUACCUAAUGAUCAUGGCUAAUUUAAACCCUUUGAAACUGAUGUGACCUAAGAUACGACAUUUUUAAGGUAAACUGUACAGAGUUAUGGAAUAAAUUUCUGAAGUAAUUCUUAAAUAGUCGUACUGUAUUGAAACUACUGUGAGAAUUAAAAAGUAUGUCCUACCUCUUUUUCUUCCCCUGCGUUUUGUAAGAAUUGGCUGCUUUUCUGUAAGUUUUUAUCAGCACAACCGUUACUUAUUACAAGAGCCACCAGAGAAGUUUUCAAGCCCUGCUGAAAAGUCCGAGGGUGCUGUAUUCAAGCUACAUCUUCGGGUUUUGUCUCAUUAUUCCCUCUCAGCUACUAGAACUAGAUUCAGUUACUAGAAUCUCCAAAGCAUGACUCUACCAUGAGUAGAAAUGCUAAGCAUCACAAAUACUUGUAAGGUUAGCUUUCAAGUCUUUUAAUCCAAAUUCUCCUCUAAAUAGGUUGAAAAAGCUUGUCUUUUAUAUUGACUCACUGAGGUAGACUGACUUUUCCCUGAUUUUUGCACACUUGCCAUUUCCUUUCCUCAAAGCUAACUGGUUGAAGUGAGUUGAGAGUGAACCGAUUCAGUGUCGUGUACUAUAGUGGAGGAAAUUUGGGUUUUCUCAGGGCUACUGAUGUCUUCUCAAGUGGGACCACUUCCUUAAGGAAAAGUUGUGUGAUAUUUCUUCUUCUAAAGUAAAACAUAAAGCUCAUUUUGAAUGUGUAAUUGCUUUCAGCUCAAUCAGCCAUGUGAGUGCCUUUUAAUUUUUCAUAUAAUGCCAAUUUUGCUGGUCCUGGGUCUUGUUCCAUGAGGCUUCCUGGCUCAUAUUACUUACCAGAGAAACGGCAGUUUUAUUGGUCAUGCAAGUGAUCCCUUCAAUCCAG